AUGAAAUCGCUCAGGUUGUCGGCUUCUACCCUCUUCUGCUUCUUUCUACUGACCAAGGGGUUGGGAGCAGCGCCCCCGGGGCACCCUGAGGCGCAGCCACCUCCCCACAGCUCUGAGCAUAAAGAGUCAGUAGCUGGGGAGGCAGUGCCCGGGCAGAAGGAUGUUAGCACCCCAGAGGUCCGCGCCGCUCGAAAUUCAGAGCCGCAGGACGAGGGAGAGCUUUUCCAGGGCGUGGAUCCUCGGGCGCUGGCCACGGUGCUGCUGCAGGCACUUGACCGCCCGGCCUCGCCCCCGGCGCCCGGCAACUCCCAGCAGGGGCCGGAGGAAGAAGCAGCCGAAGCUCUGCUGACAGAGACCGUGCGCAGUCAGACCCACAGCCUCCAGGCGCCCGAGACCCAGGCGCCCGCGGCUCCACCUCGCCCCCAGACUCAGGAAAAUGGUCCCGAGCCGGGCGACCCCUCCGAGGAGCUCGAGGCGCUAGCGUCCCUGCUCCAGGAACUGCGAGAUUUCAGUCCGAGCAACGCCAAACGACAGCAAGAAACCGCGGCAGCAGAGACCGAAACUCGCACGCACACGCUGACCCGAGUCAACCUGGAGAGCCCGGGGCCCGAGCGCGUGUGGCGCGCUUCCUGGGGAGAGUUCCAGGCGCGCGUCCCGGAGCGCUCGCCCCUGCCUCCCCCUGCUCCCCCGCAAUUCCAGGCGCGUGUGCCCGAGAACGGGCCCCUUCCCGAAACCCACCAGUUCGGGGAAGUCGUGUCCUCCCCCAAAACACACCUAGGCGAGGCACUGGCACCCCUCUCCAAGGCGUACCCAGGCCUGGGCGUUCCCUUCCCCAAGGUGCGCCGGCCGGAGAGCUCCCUCCUGGGCGGCUCGGAGGCGGGGGAGCGCCUUCUACAGCAAGGGCUGGCGCAGGUAGAGGCCGGGCGGCGGCAGGCGGAGGCCACGCGGCAGGCCGCGGCGCAGGAGGAGCGGCUGGCCGACCUCGCCUCCGACCUGCUGCUCCAGUAUUUGCUGCAGGGCGGGGCCCGGCAGCGCGGCCUGGGGGGUCGCGGGCUGCAGGAGCAGGAGCGCGAGAGCGAGCGGGAGGAGGCGGCCGAGCAGGAGCGCCGCGGCGGGGAGGACAGGGCGGGGGGAGAGGACGAGGAGGCGGCCGAGGCGGAGGCCGAGGCGGAGGAGGCGGAGAGGGCGCGGCAGAACGCGCUGCUGUUCGCCGAGGAGGAGGACGCGGAGGCCGGCGCGGAGGACAAGCGCUCCCAGGAGGAGACGCCCGGCCACCGGCGCAAGGAGGCCGAGGGCCCGGCGGCGGGCGGCGAGGACGACGACGACGAGGAGAUGGACCCGCAGACGAUCGACAGCCUCAUCGAGCUGUCCACCAAGCUGCACCUGCCCGCGGACGACGUGGUCAGCAUCAUCGAGGAGGUGGAGGAGAAGCGGAAGCGGAAGAAGAACGCCCCCCCCGAGCCCGUGCCGCCCCCGCGGGGCGCCCCCGCCCCGACGCGCGUCCGCUCCCCGCAGCCCCCGGCCCCGGCCCCCGCCCCCGCGCGCGACGAGCUGCCCGAGUGGAACGAGGUGCUCCCGCCCUGGGACCGGGCGGAGGACGAGCUUCCCCCCGGGCCCUACCACCCCCUCCCCAACUACAUCCGGCCGCGGACGCUGCAGCCGCAGCCCGCCGCCCGCCGCCGCCACUUCCACCACGCCCUGCCGCCGCCGCGCCCCCGCCCCGACCCCGAGGCCCAGGCGCGGCGCGCGCAGGAGGCGGCGGAGGCCGAGGAGCGCCGGCUGCAGGAGCAGGAGGAGCUGGAGAAUUACAUCGAGCACGUGCUGCUCCGGCGCCCGUAG